UUAUUUGUGCCAGAUAAUGUGCAAAGUAUUCGCCCAUAUUCUUAUGAACCACAAUGCGCUUCCGGAGAAAAACACUCCGAUGCUAGCAGUACUAGUACUGGUGGUGGUACCGACAACAACGGCUCGUCAUCCGACUCGCUAGACUCCACUCCGGCAUCGAGAUCUUCCACCAGAGUGGGAAAUAAGGAAUGGUGCAAAUGUGGUUUUUGCACCGAAAUGCAGACCGCCAGAGAGAGCAUUUGUUGUAGAGAAGUGGAAAAUUCCAGGCACAAAUGUGAUGAAAUUGCAUCUGAUAAAGUUUCAUGUGUGACGGAGCAUGAGGAGUUUCAAACAGCGUGCAGAGCAAGAUUUAUUCUUCGCCUAAGUCUUGUACACAUGCAUGAUGUUCAUCCUGGAGACUUAAGAGAACCCCUUUCUAACAGGGUUCUGCGCCUUGCUGGUUACAGGAACUUCACCUACUGGGUACACAAAAGAAUUGGACGCAGGGUUCGAAGAGUAAUCCCUGCAUGUGUCAUUGCAUCUAUCCGUUCAACCUAUCCUGAGGAAAGUGGAGUCUAUGUCGGUUUCAAAGAAGGGUCCGAAUCUGAAGUUGAAGAGGCUUGGUUACCACACUGAGUUUAUGAAAUAGAAAUACAGGUUUCACAUGUUUUAUUUUGCUCAUAUUGGUCCUGUUUAGCUAUAGCAGCAUUUCAUACUUUGAGGGUCAAUUGCAUUUUUUACAAUUAUGAAUGCAUGUGAAAGGCUGACAAUUAAUAACGUUACCUUUACUCCAUGUCUGUCUGUUUUGAAAAUCUUGUCGUGUGCUUCGCUAUAAGUUCCUCCUUUGGUGGACACGGCUUUGGGGCGAGGUUUUUGGGUAGAUCUGGUACAGUAUGAUGUAAUGGCUCAUCAGCUACAAGUA